UUCCCCUACCUCUCCCUCCCUCCCUCCCUCCAUCCUCAGCCCUUCACGGUGCAGGAGGAGGCAGAUCAGAUAACAGAGUCAGGAUGGCUGAGGAUGCUGUGUGAGGGGGAAGCCGUACAUGUGGGGAUGUGAUGGAGGCUGGAGGAUUGAUGAGGAAGAGGAGGAUUUUUCUGCUCGGCUAUGAGCAGGUCAGUCGGAGACAGGAGACCUACAGCAGCAUGCUGAGCGGAGCGUUGUUCAUGCUGCACAUGUAGAACUGCUACUCCGCACAGACUUCUGAAUCUGUUUCCUGACAUCUGAUCCGUGCUGAUCCUCGAGCUGAUCACUGAUGUUUCUGACAAUCCACUAACCUGAGUCUGAUGUCACGCGCUAAAUAUACUUCACCUGAGUGUGUGGAUGUGCCAAAGCCUGUUUGAAUGGAAUAUGUCGGAGGGACAUGGACUGUUGACAAAUUUAAUAAUUUAGAGAGAAGUGAUGACACUGGAGUCUGUCCUCUGAUCAGGGCCGGGGGAUCAAAUGGGGGCCAAGGAGUCGUUGCUGACGAGUCCGGAGCACGGCCCUCCUGUGGUUCCUUCUCCUACUCUGGAGAACAUCCAGGACGCAUAUAGAGAUGGAGAGGAGGAGGCUGCCCGGGAGCUGAUCCAACAAGCCUGCUGCAUGGAGUGCAGUGGGGGAGUACCGAACAUCGAUGGGGUGAGUCUCCUGUGUGUGGCCACCCAGCACGAUGACAAGCAGAGUGUGUGUUACCUCCUGAAAGAAGCCCACGUCACUGUGCCCGCCCAGCCCUCCAACAACAACCCGGCCAUCCUGGCGGCGUAUUACGGACACAGUGAGCUGGUCAGAGAGCUGCUGGACUCCAUACCAGGUCCAUGUCUGAGGGGAGACUUGUUGAACUGGAUGCUGGCCACAUCCUGUCAGCAGGGUCACCUGGACGUGGUCCGGAUGCUGGUCCAAAGCUAUGGAGCUGAUGCCAAGGACUGUGCCAUCCACACAGAUGAGUUUGCUGUCAUCACCGGGCUGCCGCUGUACGCUGCUGCACAAGCAGGAAACGAAGAGAUCGCUCACUUCCUGCUGCAGAACGGAGCCGGCUUCUCCUCGUACACCCUGAUGGACCAUCCGGCCUUCAGCCAACACCUCCUCAAACUCAAACUGCAAGAAACCACAGAGCCAGACGGAGAGCUGGCUGUCAGUGUGUGUUGGAGCGGUCUGCAGCUGCCCUGGUUGAAGCUGGUCUGGUUCAUGGACAUAUCCUCCAGUAUCACGGUCCUGGAUCUGUCGUCUAACAGCCUGGCUGCUCUCCCCUCUGUGGUGCCCUGGGGUCUGAUCCGCCUCAGCUCUCUGGACCUCUCUGAUAACCUGCUCAGCGAGCUGCCGGCUGCGCACAGCUCACAGGAGGUCAUCUGCUCCAGUUUACGACAGGUCAACCUCUCUCAGAACAAACUCACCAUGUUACCGCCUGGACUUCUCCACCUGACCCACAUCCAGAGACUCUCUGCUGCCAAGAACCAGCUGGCGGUCCUGUUUGACAUCCCCACUGGUACUAACUGGAUCGGCCUGCGUAAGCUGGAGGAGCUGGAUGUGUCUGAGAACUGUCUGAGCAGUCUACCCGUGUCCGUCAUGCACGCUAUGAAAUCACUGAGCGUCCUCAACGUGUGCAGGAACACACUGAGCUGUUUCCCUGAGGCCUGGGCCUGUCCACUGAAACAAUGCAAAGCUUCCUACAACGUGAUCAAAAGUCUUCCAGACACCUUCUCCAUCUUCUGGAGGACUCAGCUGCAAGAGCUGGACUUCUCUGACAACAGCCUGACCGAGCUGCCGCCGCACUUAUUUGAACUAGAGGCUCUGGUCUCUCUGAGGCUGUGUGGGAAUCAGAUUGCGACACUCCCGGCCCCGGCUAAGUGGAAGUGCUCUCAGCUCAGGACCCUCGACUUUUCCAGGAACCAGCUGGGCAAAACAGAAGAGGGGCCCAAAUCCAGGAGGCUGGCCUUCCUGACGACAUGGAACAGGAGGGACCCGGACCCAGUGUGUCCAAUAGAGUUCCCCAAGAUCUUGCGGGAUUCUCUGGAAGUCCUUUACUUGAAUGACAACCAGCUGGAGUGUGUUCCCCAAUCUGUGUGUGGUCUGCACAACCUCACCGAGCUCUACCUCUCCAAUAACCCUGGAAUCCGGGAGCUUCCAGCUGAGCUCGGUCAGCUCUCCAACCUGUGGCAGCUCGACAUCGAAGACCUCAACAUAUCAAACGUGCCCCAAGAUAUCAGAAAAGAAGGUCCUGGCUCUGUCUUGGCGUUCCUCCGGGCACACCUCAGGAAAGCCGAGCCGUUCAGACUGCUGAAGAUGCUGGUGAUCGGCCCCCCCAGGCAGGGGAAGACCACCCUGCUGGAGGCUCUGCAGUUUGGAAAGACUUCCCCCUUCACACCCGCAGCCGAGUGCAGCAUCUCCACUUUCACCUGGGACCUGGACAAGCCUAACGGAGGCAAAAACAGUAAGGACUCGGUGGCGUUUAACGUGUGGGACAUCGGUGGUCAGGCCAGCAUGUCCACAGUGAACCAGUGUUUCUUCACUGAUAAGGCCCUCUACCUGGUGGUCUGGAACCUGGCUCUGGGAGAGGAGGCUGUGGCCAACCUGCAGACAUGGCUGCUCAACAUCGAGGCUCGAGCUCCAAACUCUGCCGUGCUGGUGGUGGGGACGCAUUUAGAUCUCAUCGACACCAAGUUUCGCACUGAGAGGCUGGCCACGCUAAGGGCUUAUAUACUGGCUCUGUGCCGUUCCCCGUCAGGGUCCCGGGCCUCAGGUUUCCCUGAUAUCACCUGGAAACACCUGCAUGAAGUCUCCUGUAAGACCCUGGAGGGCUUAAACGCUCUAAAGAAGCUCAUCCACCACGUGGCGCUCUCCAUGAAGGACAUCAGCAUCUCAGCUGGAGGCAGUAAACUGUGGGGCAGACUGAUCCCUCGGAGCUACCUGACCCUGCAGGAGGCCGUGAUUUCAGAGAAGAAGAGGAGAGACGCUGAGGGAGAGGUCCAGUACCUAACUGACGUCCAGCUGGACUGCAUCAUCGAACAGAACCCAGGAAGUGACAUCAGAGACUACGAGGACCUGCAAACUGCCAUCAGCUUCCUGAUAGAAACAGGGACCCUGCUGCACUUCCCAGACACUAGCCAUGGUCUGUGCACCCUCUACUUCCUGUGUCCUGUUUGGCUGUCGGAGUGCCUGGAGAGGAUCCUGCACCUCAAGUCGUCUCGAUGUAUCGCCAGGAACGGAGUGAUCCGAACUGAAGACCUCAGGAUGCUGUUAGUAGGAACAGGCUUCACUCCGAAGACGGAGGAACAGUAUUUCCAGUUUCUGGCCAAGUUUGAGAUUGCUCUGCCCGUGGCCAGCAACAGCUACCUGCUGCCCCACCUCCUCCCCCCAAAGCCAGCCAUGGACAUUCACAGCUUCCGCCAGCAGACCAACAACACCCUGCAGCGCCUCGUCAGGAUGAGCUUCGUUCCUGCCGGGUUCUGGGAGCGCUUUAUCGCCAGGAUGCUCAUCAGCCUCACAGAAAUGGACCUUCAGUCAUUCGAGCCAAAAAGGAACGCCAGGUGCAGGCGCAGCAGUAGCUCUGUGAUCCACAGUUUUGCAGGAAACCAGCAGAGGAACCGCUGCAGCACCUUCAGAGUCCGACGCAGCAAGACCAUCUACUGGAAGGAGGGGCUGCUGGUCACUUUUGAUGGAGGUUACCUUAGCGUGGACUCGUCAGAUGUCAACUGGAAGAGGAAAAAGAGUGGAGGCAUAAAGAUCGUCUGCCAAUCAGAGACCAGAGACUUCUCCGCCAUGGCGUUCAUCACAGACCACGUCAACUCCUUGAUGGAGCAGUGGUUCCCCGCUCUGACAGCCAGCGAGAGUGAUGGGAGUCUCCUCAUAGAGCAGUACGCAGCCUGUCCUCUCUGCGCCUCUCUGGGUGAGCAGACACAGGGCGAGCAUCUGUCCGGAGAGGGAGGAGGCCCUGAAGUAGACGACAGAGGAGGACGAGGAGGAGGAGGGAUUCAUUACUUUAACAUGGAGGACUGUGUGCUGGCUGCAGUGGAGGAGGAGCACAUUGUCUGUCCUCAGCACCCUGAGCAGCCGGUCCCUCUGCAGGAGCUGGUCCCUGAACUCUUCAUGACUGACUUCCCCUCACGGCUCUUCUUAGAGAGGGCAGAUCUGGAGUACUGUGAGGAGGACAACAACAUCCUGGGUCAGGGCGGCAGUGGGACGGUCAUCUACAGAGCUCGAUAUCGGGAUCAGCCAGUGGCCAUCAAACGCUUCCACUUCAAGAAGUGUCAACAGCAGAGCAUCACCAGCGACACAGACACGAUGCUCAAACACCUGCAGUCUGCAAACGCCUGUCGGAGCUUCUCGGAGUUCCGCCAGGAGACGAGCAUGUUGCACUCUCUGCAGCAUCCGUGCAUCGUGUCCAUGGUGGGCAUCAGCAUCCACCCGCUGUGCUUCGCCCUGCAGUUAGCCCCUCUGGGCAGCCUCAACACUGUCCUGGAGGAGAAGAACAAAAGCAGAGCCUCCAGGUACAUGCCUCUGGGUCACAUGCUCACCUUUAGAGUAGCCUAUCAGAUCGCAGCAGGACUGGCGUAUCUUCACAGGAAGCGAGUCAUCUUCUGUGACCUCAAAUCUGACAACAUCCUGGUGUGGUCUCUGGAGCUGCAGGAUCCGAUCAACAUUAAACUGUCGGACUACGGCAUCUCUCGGCAGUCCUUCCAUGAGGGGGCGUUGGGGGUCGAGGGCACGCCAGGUUAUCAAGCUCCUGAGAUCCGACCGGGCAUCGUGUACGAUGCUAAGGUGGACAUGUUCUCCUACGGCAUGGUGCUGUACGAGCUGCUGUCAGGGCAGAGGCCCGCUCUGGGACACCACCAGCUGCAGAUCUCUAAGAAACUCUCCAAAGGCAUCCGGCCGGUGCUCGGCAGUCUAGAGGAGGUUCAGUUCACGUGCCUGCAGACCCUGCUGACUGAAUGCUGGGACACCAAGCCCGAGAAGAGGCCGGUGUCUGCGCAGUGUCUGAGACAGAUGCAGGAGCCCAGCUUCCCAUGCCUAAAGUUUGUGAUGUCAUGUGACAGCCACGCGCAGCUCUUCCUGUCUCAGCUGCAGGGAUACAGCGCUGUGUUCUGGAGUGGAGACAAGCAGGAAAGGAACUACAGCGUGGUGAAUGUUGAGAAGGGCCAGGUGGAGGUGAAGAGGAUGUCGUGUCCAGGCAGCAAGAUCAGCUGUCAGAUGAAGAUGGGGAACACUCUGUGGUUGGCCACUGAGGAGCAGGACGUCUUCAUCUACAGUCUGAAGGACAUGUGUCCUCUCAGUCAGCCCCAGAAACAGUUCUCAUGCCCCGCUGUCAUCACAUGUCUGUUCCCCGUCCCAGCAAGAGACCAGAGCCUGGCCCAGGUGUUUGCUGGGAUGUCUGAUGGACUGCUGGCCGUGUACAGUAUAGUGGAAGACUUACCUGUGGACGGGGAGACGUACCUGUGUUCACACACCCUCAACAAGACGGUGUUUGGUCUGAAGGACUCUGAUCCCAGGCAGAGACCCUACCCCGUCAGGAGUAUGGCUCUGGUCAGCAGCGGCUCCCAGUUGUGGUUCUCCAACGGUCCGGGUGUUCUGGUCAUCGACUGUCAGAACCUUCAGGCAGUUCGAAGGCUGGAGACCUACAGCCCUUUGUCCACCAUCGUCUCCAUGACAACCAGCUUCAGCCUGUGGGGGGAGGAGGCGGUGUGGACGCUGGAUGACCACACCAACACCCUGCUGCUCUAUCACGCAGCCUCCUACCAACUGUGUGCAAAGUACUGGUGUGGAGACAUUCAUCCUCUGCGGGAUAUCUUUAGCGUGCAGCGGCCUGCAGGUGUAACCACGGUAACAGAUGUUGAGCACACAGAGCAGCGGGAGCAGCAAGACCGAACUAAUGGCGGCAACGUUUCGCUGAUCUACAGCGAGGAGGCAGGCACUCAGAUCAUCCAGCAUCAGGACUCACUGACGGACUGCUGCUCCACGUCGUCGUCCUGCUCCCUGGAGCUGCCGGGCUCAGGCGGCUCCAGCUUUGCGCUCAACAGUGUGGCGCCCCCUGCAGACCAGGAGGAGAAUUGCAGGGACCAGAACCAGCAGGUAUCCACCAACCCUGAAAGCAAUCCGGACUCUGCAGGAACCCUGAACACUACUACACUGCCAAAGCUACAAGCCUUCACUGUGCUGUCAGUGAACGGCACGUUGUGGGUCCCCAGGCGUGGAGGAGACAUAAUGGUCAUCGAGAUUCAGCCCCAUGCUGACCAGCUGAGGGGGCGUGUCGUUGCCGUCCUCAAUCCACCCGGAUGUUCCUCUUUAGGGAUCCUGGAGGAGGCAGCACUGGUGGCUAAGGACACGGUCGUAUGUGGCUUUCAGAAGGAAAACACGGAGUGGUGCCUGUGUGUCUGGAGGGGCUGGGGCAGCCAUGAGCUGGAAGUCUUCUUCCAGUCGUACGAGGAGCUGGGCCGCCUGGAGACCAGCAUGAGGAGAAGAAGGUAGCUGUUGUUGCUGCAGAAUCACGGCUCUGUGGAGGAGGGCUAGCGAGGGGAGCGCUACGCCACAGACUGUUAGUGUUCAGAUAGGGAAGGGGAGGGGGGGGGCGGCCCAGAGCUGACAUCAAGUCAAUGUAGGAGGAGGAUGGAGGAGGAGAGGGGGGUCGAAGCCUCCAGCUGUGACCAGCUGUUUGCCCACUCAACAACAGUAACAAUCAGAAGUGAAAAACAAAUACAAAACUCAACAAGCCCUGAUGCUGAGAUCAGAGUUUCCUGAAGUGAACUCCACACACAGUUUUUUCCACUUUGUUCCUGCUUACAGGUUAUUAAAGUAACAGUAUGUAACUUUUCCUCCAUAAACAUAUUAUUUACAAAGUCAAUCUAAUAGCAGAAUAACUUUCAACAGGUGAGAAUGUCUUCUCUUUUAUGUCCACCCAGAGCCCUGGUCACCUGUUUUCAGCACUAUGUAACUUAAGCCACAAGUUGAAGUUAAAUUUCAGAAGUGCAUACGGCUUUACAAGCACUAGUUCACACAGCAGCUAAAAAGAAGCCAGUUAGCUCGUCUCUAUGCUCUUUAAUAUCUGUGAUGCUGUCAUUAUCUGUGACAUUGUCGUCUCAUGUUUGGCAGCUUCACUGGGUGCAGAAAGUCAUCUAAACCCUAAAUCUAGCUUAUGCCACAAAGUGAUCUCUUUCACUAUUGAUCUUAAGUUAGCUUUACGUUUUGAACGUUUACAAACUUAUCUCAAAUAGCAUUAAAUAAAUUAGCGUAGCCUUUAGCCUUUAGCAAACAAUGGCUUGUAGACACUAGCAGAGUCAUAUUUGGGCAAAGUGCGGUGAUAUUACUGAACCUUGUCAGUCGACGUAGUUCUUCGGCUUCUCACAAAGCCUUUGCAGCCUCUGUCUCUUAACAGAUGCUGGUCGUCGUUGAGGGAGAGGCCACAGCAUUUAUUUUUUUUCCGACAGUGCAGUUGCACUUACAGACCUCAAACAGGCGCUAAAGCAUACCAAUCCAAAUGCCUCCAUACUGUUCCUUUAAAGCUGGUGGGUUUUGAUAUUUUGUAGUUUAUAUUUGGUCCCUGUCAGCAGUUUGGUCAUGAUCAGGUUUCAGAUGCUCCAGAUGUGAGGGAGUGCUUGUGUCUGACUCCAGCUGCUGCAGUUUACUCUUUGUUUCUGUUUCCCUUCAUUACCGAGCUGUGAGCUCUCUGGACAGGGACAUUCUUCAGGGGACGAGUAAUGACCGUUUUUAAAAGUGAAGCUGGUAAUGCUAGAGAACAGCUGUGAUUGACAGAUGGCGAUGGCUCUGACUCUUUCACAUGCUCUUUAUCUCUUCUCCUGUGUGUUCCUCCCUCAUGCAUGUGAAUCUGCAUGCUCGCCUCUGCUUCCACAGAAUCCUGGAAAAAUAACCGACCGACAUCUGUGUCCUGUGCAGCAUUACUCGACAGAGCAGAGCGUUUAGUAAUCAAACCCUGCUGCAGGUCCUCGCUGAGGAAAGACACCAAAGCUGUGACUGUAGGUCAACAUCUCUGUGAAUAAUGAAAUAUUUUCACCCUCUCCUUCUGACUCUCACAUUCAGCAGGGAUCAGCAGGAGUGAUGAAGACAAAGUGAUAAUAAGUGAACAAUUUUGGACUCCCGCUUCAUUAGUCUUGUUGCUCUCUCAGUCGGAGUGCGUGCUCAUGGAGCGGUCAAAGCCCCCCGCCGGUCAGACUGAGUUGUUUCAAACUGAACUCUGGGACUUGUUUUAUUCAAGAGGAAUAUUUUUUUGUAUAUAUUGAAAUCUGGGUCCUCUGUUAGAAAGGGAAACAAAAAGAUGAAAAAAUCUGAUCACAAAUGAUCGUGAAUGAAUGAAACACUCACAAGGGGUCUGUUCUCCUCGCAUGGUUUUACAUGAAUAAAUCAUUUUAUCUUUUCAGCUUCGUUGACUUGAGUUGGCUCCUAAAGUUGCCAGUAAAUACCUGUAUAUUGUCAAUAAGGCUUUUUGGUAAUGCAGAGGUUAUUUAUUUACCAGAGUGUAUAAUGAAUGUGUAGUUGUUGUGUACAUAAUUAUGUAUUAUGAUACUGAAUAAAGUUCUUAUAAUA